UCGACUCGACUAGCGCCCUUUUGAUCCCCGCUCCAGUGGAACACGCAAAAUUUCUUUUCUUCCACACAGGUUUUUUUUUCGCAACUCGGGUUUUUCGUCCUCUUUCCUCCCUUCCCAUAACAACCCUUCCGUCUCCCUCCCAAUUCCACCCCCCCACAUCACAUACACAACAAUGGCCGCCGCUUCCCGUACCAUCUCCAGGGCUCUCCGCUCCAACCUCUCCCGCCAGGUCGUCCCCGUCGUCCAGAAGCGCGGCCUCGUGGUUGCUGCUACUGCCGCUAGGGCCACCGUUGCUGCUGUCCCUCGCUUGGGAAACCAGACUCGGGGUGUUAAGACCAUUGACUUUGCUGGAACAAAGGAGGUCGUUUACGAGCGCUCUGACUGGCCUCUGGAGAAAAUCCAGGACUACUUCAAGAAUGACACACUUGCGUUGAUCGGCUACGGAUCCCAGGGUCACGGCCAGGGUCUCAACCUCCGCGACAACGGCCUCAACGUCAUCAUCGGAGUCCGUAAGAACGGAGCUUCGUGGAACGAGGCCAUCCAGGACGGCUGGGUCCCCGGCAAGAACCUCUUCGAGAUGGACGAGGCUAUCUCCCGCGGAACCAUCGUCAUGAACCUUCUCUCCGACGCCGCCCAGUCUGAGACUUGGCCCGCCAUCAAGCCCCAGCUCAAGGGAAAGACUCUCUACUUCUCCCACGGCUUCUCCCCCGUCUUCAAGGACCUCACCAAGGUCGAGGUUCCCUCGGACAUCGAUGUCAUCCUUGUCGCCCCUAAGGGAUCUGGCCGUACCGUCCGCUCCCUUUUCAAGGCCGGAAAGGGUAUCAACUCUUCCAUCGCUGUCUGGCAGGAUGUCACCGGUAAGGCUCAGGAGAAGGCCAUUGCCCUCGGUGUCGCCGUUGGCUCUGGUUACCUCUACGAGACUACCUUCCAGAAGGAGGUCUACUCCGACCUGAUGGGUGAGCGUGGUUCUCUCAUGGGUGGUAUCCACGGUAUGUUCCUCGCCCAGUACGAGGUUCUCCGUGAGCGGGGCCACACCCCCUCUGAGGCUUUCAACGAGACCGUCGAGGAGGCCACUCAGUCCCUCUACCCCCUGAUCGGAAACUACGGAAUGGACUGGAUGUUCGCCGCCUGCUCCACCACCGCCCGCCGUGGUGCGCUCGACUGGACCAACAAGUUCAAGUCGGCCAUCAAGCCCGUGAUGAACGACCUGUACGACUCGGUCGCCAACGGUUCCGAGACCCAGCGCUCGCUCGACUACAACUCUGCCGCCGACUACCGUGCCAAGUACGAGACCGAGCUCGAGGAGAUCCGAAACAUGGAGAUCUGGCGCGCCGGAAAGGCCGUGAGGAGCCUGCGUCCUGAGAACCAGGGACAGGAGCAGAAAUAAAUUUGUUCGUGUGGCGCGUUUAAUGAAGGGUAUGGGUACGAGGGCAAUGUCGUGUAAAUUAUAUGCUUGUUUGUGAUCUGAUGUGAUGUGAGGCGGUGGAUGGGUCGGUGGAUGGAUGGGAAAAGUUUUGGGUUUUUCCUUCCUACUUACUUGCUACC